GGCCUGCCCGGGCCUCAGCUCGCGGCCGCGCCUCGCCCCCGGCCAGUCCAAGAUGGAGGCCCCUCGGCGGGCGCCCUUCGCCCUCCGGCUGCUCCUGCUCGCCUCGCUGCCGGCCGCCGGCUGGCUGGCCACGACGGUCACCCCGGCACGGCCGCUCCGAGCCCCGGAGGAGGGCAUCAGAGUUAAUGUCACUACCCUGAAUGAUGAUGGAGAAGUAGUCCAGGAACAGGUGGUUCUUAACAUAACCUAUGAGAGUGGACAGGUAUAUAUAAAUGACUUCCCUGUAAAUAGUGGUGUAACCCGAAUAAGCUGUCAGACCUUGAUAGUGAAGAAUGACAAUCUGGAAAAUCUGAAGAAAGAGUAUUUUGGAACUGUCAGUGUAAGAAUUUUAGUUCAUAAAUGGCCUAUGACGUCUGAUUCCAGAUUGCAACUAAUUGUCAUUCAAGAGGAGGUGGUCGAGAUCGAUGGAAAACAAGCCCAGCAGGCGGAGGUGACCGAAAUGAAUAUUUUAGUUAAGAACCUGGGAGAACUCAGACGUUCCAGGUACACGGUGCCCCUGGAGGAGAGCAUGCUGCACUCGGCUUCCCGGGCCAGCGACAUCCUGUUUACCCUUCCCAACCUCGCCAAGAAAGAAAGUGUUGGUUCGUUGCAAACCACCAGCCCGUAUCUUAUCAGGAAUGUGGAAACCACAGUAGAUGAAGAUGCUUUACCCGGCAAGUUACCUGAGACACCUCUCAGAGCCGACCCCCCGUCUUCAUAUAAGGUAAUCUGUCAGUGGAUGGAGAAGCUGAGGAAGGACUUGUGCAGGUUCUGGAGUAGUGUUUUCCCAGUCUUCUUUAUGUUUUUGAACGUCAUGAUGGUCGGGAUUGUAGGAGCAUCAGUGAUAAUCACCAUCCUAAAGUUGCUCUUCCCGGUCUGUGAGUACAAAGGAAUUCUUCAGCUGGAUAAAGUGGACUUUGUGCCAGUGACAACCAAGAACUUAUAUCCAGAUGGUCCUGAGAAAACAGCAGAAAGCCUUGAAGAUAAAACAUGUAUUUAAAAUACCAUCUCAGACCAUGGACUCUGAUUUAGACCAUCGACUAUAUAUUUGCAGCAACUUGAUUAUAAUUCUUUAAAUCAUUGAGUCAUUUUAUACACAAAAAAUGGCUAAGCUCCUAAAACUGCCAAAAACUUGACCUUUAAGUGACCAAUUCAUCUGAUUUCUGUAACAGGGCUGGUUGUUGAAGUGGUGAAUUUUAAGGAGAAUUUAAACAAAAUGGAAGACACGCAGAGGAACUUCUAAAAAUCACCAAAAAGAAAACUAAAAGGCAAGCCAAAUGCCCUAAGCCUAGGUGCCUUUGUUAGGGAAAUUUAUCCAUUUAAUUACUGUAAUGUGUAAGACUUUAUGGAAAGCACUUUAUGAAAUUCUAAUUUAAAAGUUCAAGAGCUUAACACUUAUUUUUUUAUUCAGUCAAAUGUGCCUUUAUAUUAUGUGACUCAGUAUAAAAUCACUGAAGUGUAUCAGAUUUAACUGUAUCCUGUACCAAGACUACUUACCAUGAAUGCACCAGGAUGUAAAAAAUAGUGAUAUUUCCUCACUCUAAAAUAAAAACUUUUUGAAGA